AUGGCCUGUGUUUCAAUUGUCUCCUAUUCAAUUUUCAUAAAUGACAAACACUUUGUACCCUUUGCUGCUAAAAGAGGAAUGAGACAGGGUGAUCCACUUUCAACUUAUCUCUUCGUACUAGUAAUGGAGUACCUUAGAAGGAGACUUAAAUCUCUAAAAGACAAGCCAGACUUCAAUUUUCAUCCGAGAUGUGCAAAACUGAAUAUCAUCCAACUAGGAUUUGUUGAUGAUUUACUGCUGUUCUGUAGAGGUGAUGUACUAUCUACUCAAACGGUAUUUGAAUGCUUUCAGAAGUUUUCCAUGGCUUCAGGCAUGGUGGCUAGUCAGGGAAAGAGUUCCAUAAAUUUUGAUGGUGUCCCAGCUAAUGUUCAGCUAGAGAUUACUCAGCUUCUAGGCUUUCCUACUGGAACACUACCAUUAAGAUAUCUUGGAGUUCCCUUGAGCUCUAAAAGAUUAUCCAUAAGCAGUGUCAACCAUUGA